AUGGACGACAACAAGCUAAUAAGGAUAUCCAAGAAGUAUACAAACAGAUCUAUAAAAUCAUGGGAGAAACCACCUAAGCAUAUAAUUUCCUCCGUGAACAAAAUUCUACAAAUGAACAAGACAAAAGCAUUACAAGUAUCCGCUUCCUCUAAAAAGACUGCAAAUUUAAUUCAACAAGAUAUAGAUUUGAAUGAAUUCAUAAAGCUAUUCCUCAAACAACUAAGGAAUACAAAGCUGCCUCAUUCUCAUCAACAGCGUCAACUAAAUGAAUUGGAUUAUGAUCAUGAUUAUCAAUUGAAAAGAGAAGCUUUUUUAACAAAUCUAUAUUCAAACGAAUUAAACCAAGUUGAAAACUUGAAAAAUACACUCAAGGAAGAAAAUCUGCGGGAUAAAUCAAUCACCAAGUUUGUCAAGAAUUAUGAAAAGUUGUAUAAAGAAGAGUUGAAAAAAUUGGAAUCAAUUGAUGAAUUGCCCCAAUCCAGUCCAAUGAAUACAAAAAGGAUAAAUAAAUCAUUUGAUACACUCCAGCUAAAUACUGGAGAUGAAUCUGAAGAUAUUGCUGAAGUUUUAAAACAAUUGGAAACACAAUUAGAUAAAAUUGAUGACAAUACAAAGCAUUUUCAAGAAUUAUCUAGACAAAUAGAUCAAUUGUUGAAUCAAAUGUGA